UGGUGGGAGGUAGGGGGCGUAUGCAUUUCUGAAGUCUCCACCUUUCUCUUGUCUCUGGGUCCCUACAUCUCAUCCUCCUAGCCUCAGUUAUUCUCGCGCCUCCCUGGGUGUCGGUCCGUUUCCCUGCUGCGGGGAGUCCUGGCAUCUCUGUGGUUCUCUGUCAGUGUGACUCAGGACCUGCCCGAAGGGACCUGCCUGCAGGAACCUGCCCUGUUCCUGCCUGGAACUUCUGGCUGGCUGUUCCUUCGGGUCUCUGCCCCUCUCUGCCUCUGCCUGAGUGUGCCGGCCUCUCUGAGCAGUUGUGUCUUGGUCCCUGUCUCCCUCCUUGUUUUUGUUUGGCGGGGAGGGGUUUGUUUCCACAGUAACCAGCUCCUCUGACUCUGGGAUUGGGGAGGGAACCCUCAGAUUUCAUGACCCCUCCUUCCUCCAUUUACCCACCGCCCCCACGCCGGGAAGUCGCCAGUUCCAGAACAGAAUGGUCACCCGUUUUCAUUAGGGAUUAAUGGUGGUGGCCAGGAGCAGGAUUUAGGGCCUCAGGAGGGGCCACAAUUUGGAUUUGGGGCCCCGAGGCCCUAAACUCCUAGGUCCAGAUACUAGGAUUGGAGCUGCUACCUUCGAGGGUCCCUUAGGGCUGAGAUAGUGGAGGCGCUACCCGAGGGACCAGGGUGAAAGGGGGCCUGAGAAGGACUAAUUCUCUGGGCUGGUCUAGUCCUUGGUGGGGAGGGGCGGGGCAUGCGGCAGUGCCUGGACUGAGGUUUCAGCUACUCCAGGUUGCUGCCUCUGGCUUCCCUCUCCUGCCCUUUGUAUUCUGCUUCUCUGUCUUUUGUGGGUUCAGCUCUGGGGGGAAGGGGCUUUGGGGGUCUCCAGGAUCAGGAUUCCUGUACUCCAUCCACCCCUCCACUGCAGCCCCUUCGACUCCACCAAGCCCUGAGGCGGCUGGGGUGGGGCUGUCUGGGCCCCAGUGGGGGAGACCUGGGGUCACCAGCCCCCCCCACCCUUCCUCGCACUCGCUGGUACUAUCCCCUGCCACCACAGGCCCCUGUGUCAGUCUGGGAUGAGGAGGAGGAUGGUGCCGUGUUUACCGUCACAAGCCGCCAAUAUCGGCCUGUUGAUCCCUUGGUCCCUAUGCCUCCCCCGCGUUCUUCCCGACGGCUCCGAGCUGGCACUCUGGAGGCCCUGGUCAGAUACCUACUGGAUAGCCGGACAUCAGGGACUGACGUGACCUUCACGUCAGCCUUCCUGGCCACCCACCGGGCCUUCACCUCCACGCCUGCCCUGCUAGGGCUUAUGGCUGACAGGCUGGAAGCCCUUGAAUCUCAUCCUGCCGAUGAACUAGAGAGGACAACAGAGGUAGCCAUCUCUGUACUGUCAACUUGGCUGGCCUCUCACCCUGAGGAUUUUGGCUCUGAGGCCAAGGGUCAGCUUGACCGCCUUGAGAGCUUCUUACUUCAGACAGGGUAUGCAGCAGGGAAGGGUGUUGGGGGGGGCAGCGCUGACCUCAUCCGCAACCUCCGGUCCCGGGUGGACCCCCAGGCCCCCGACCUUCCUAAGUCCCUGGCCCUCCCCGGCGAUCCCCCUGCUGACCCCACGGAUGUCCUGGUGUUCCUCGCUGACCACUUGGCCGAACAGCUGACCCUGCUAGAUGCGGAGCUGUUUCUCAAUUUGAUCCCCUCUCAGUGCCUGGGAGGCCUGUGGGGUCACAGAGACCGGCCAGGACAUUCUCACCUCUGCCCAUCUGUCCGAGCUACUAUCACACAGUUCAACAAGGUGGCAGGGGCAGUGGUUAGUUCUGUCCUGGGGGCCACCGCCACCGGAGAGGGGCCUGGGGAGGUGACCAUACGGCCACUCCGUCCCCCACAGAGGGCCCGGCUCCUGGAGAAGUGGAUCCGUGUGGCAGAGGAGUGCCGGCUGCUCCGAAACUUCUCUUCAGUGUAUGCUGUGGUGUCCGCCCUGCAGUCCAGCCCCAUCCACAGGCUUCGGGCAGCCUGGGGGGAAGCAACCAGGGACAGCCUCCGAGUCUUUUCCAGCCUCUGUCAGAUUUUCUCUGAGAAGGAUAAUUAUUCCCAGAGCCGGGAGCUGCUCGUGCAGGAGGUGAAGCUGCAGUCUCCUCUGGAGCCACACUCCAAGAAGGCCCCGAGGUCUGGCUCUCGGGGUGGGGGUGUGGUCCCAUACCUUGGUACCUUCCUGAAGGACCUUGUGAUGCUGGAUGCAGCCUCCAAGGAUGAGCUGGAGAAUGGAUACAUCAAUUUUGACAAGCGGAGGAAGGAGUUUGCAGUCCUUUCUGAGUUGCGACGGCUCCAGAAUGAAUGUCGUGGCUAUAACCUCCAACCUGACCAUGAUAUCCAGCGGUGGCUACAGGGGCUCCGGCCACUUACAGAAGCUCAGAGCCAUCGUGUGUCCUGUGAGGUGGAGCCACCUGGUUCCAGUGACCCUCCUGCCCCACGGGUGCUUCGGCCAACGCUGGUCAUCUCGCAGUGGACAGAGGUUCUGGGCUCUGUUGGAGUCCCUACCCCGCUUGUGUCCUGCGACCGGUCCAGUAUAGGGGGAGACGAGGUGCCUGCAACUCCUGCUCCCCUGCUGACUCGGCUGGCCCAGCACAUGAAGUGGCCAUCUGUCUCGUCACUAGACUCUGCCCUGGAAAGCAGUCCAUCCCUGCACAGUUCGGCUGACCCCAGCCACCUCUCCCCGCCAGCCUCCUCCCCUAGGCCUUCUCGAGGUCACCGCCGCUCAGCCUCCUGUGGCUCCCCGCUGAGUGGGGGUGCAGAAGGGGCCUCGGGGGGGACUGGAUAUGGGGGAGGGGGAUCUGGGCCAGUGGGAUCUGGGCCAGGGGCCUCUGAUUGCCGAAUCAUCCGAGUCCAGAUGGAGCUGGGGGAAGAUGGCAGUGUCUAUAAGAGCAUUUUGGUGACAAGCCAGGACAAGGCUCCAAGUGUCGUCAGUCGUGUCCUUAAGAAAAACAAUCGUGACUCUGCAGUGGCUUCAGAGUAUGAGCUGGUACAACUGCUACCAGGGGAACGAGAGCUGACUAUCCCAGCCUCGGCUAACGUAUUCUAUGCCAUGGAUGGAGCUUCACACGAUUUCCUCCUGCGGCAGCGGCGAAGGUCCUCUACUGCUAUACCUGGCACCAGUGGCCCAUCUGCCUCAGGGACUCCUCCAAGUGAGGGAGGAGGGGGCUCCUUUCCCAGGAUCAAGGCCACAGGGAGGAAGAUUGCACGGGCACUGUUCUGAGGAGGGAGCCUCACUGGCUUACAGAAGUCAUGGUGUUCAUACCAGAUGUGGGUAGCCAUCCUGAAUGGUGGCUAUUGUUUCACAAUGAGACAGAAAUUCAGAAAGGUGGCCAGCCACCCUGGGGCAGUGAAGUGCCACUGGUUUACCAGACAGCUGAGAAAUCCAGCCCUGUGGGAACUGGUAAUUUUAUAACCAACUUGGAUACCUGUGUAUAGCUUCCCAUCUUCCACCAGCACAGCACACAGGUAGUGUUGGAAAAAGGCAUCAGUUUCUGAUUCUUGGCCAUAUCCUAAUGUGAAGGGCCAAGCAAAGGCCUCAAGGCUCUGAGCCCCAGGCAGAUGGGGAUGGCAAAAAGUAGGUCCUCGCAGGAGUUCCUCUUCCCACUCUGGGGUUUCUAUCACUGUGACAACACUAAGAUAAUAAACCAAAACACUACCUGAAUUCUA